ACUUGCAUAUGCAAUUUCAUUUAUUGCAAGCUUGCAAAUAUACAAUUGUUAGCCCAAUCAAUUCAAUUGAUUUUGCAAUUGCAAACACCCAUAACAUGUCAUCUUGCAAUUGAGGGGGGUUGGUUAGCUUGCUAACCCCUGUAAGGGGUUGGAAAAAUGACACCCCUAUUAAUAUAGUUUUUUUUAUUAAAUUCGUGUUGCAUUUAAUAAUAUCUGAGAACUAAAAACUCAUAUUAAUUACAUUCAUUUUUUCGAACUACCAUUGCACCGGUACACUGAUAUCAUUAUACUGAAUACUGAUACAACUAUCACUGUAGUGAAAAAUGGAAAAUAAUUAAUAUAGACUUUUAAUUCAGACAGAUUAUUAAAUGCAAUAGUUGUAUCAGUGCAAUGGUAGUUUGAAAAAAGGAAUGUAAUUAAUAUGUAUUUUUAAUUUUCAAAGAUUAUUAAAUGCAACACAAAUUUAAUACCAUAAUUAACUAUAAUUAAUAGGUGUGUGAUUUUUCCAACCCCAUAGAGGGAUUAGCAAGCUAACCGAUCCCAUGUGUAUGCUUUUUUUUUUUAUUAAAAGGAGCAAAUGCCAAUUACAUCAAGGGAAGCAGUAAGAACAUACGGCUACACUGGCAGCUAUAACGCAGACAAAAAACAUGGGCACCAUAUUCAUCAAAUGGAAAAUCCAGAACAGCCAAAUGUCUAGGGGUCAUCUUGAAUCACUUGUCGCCGGAAGCUUACUCCCAGUUGAUCAACCUGCAGAAUCCUUUCUAGCUCUGUGGGAAGUUCGUCUAGCUCAAACAUGCCAAAGGGAUAGAGGAGACUGUACUUCGAGAGCCAGUCCGCGACUCUAUUCCCUUCCCUGUAUGUGUGAACUAAACGAACUACCCACUCUUGAUCUAGUAGUCGUCGUAUCUCCCUUAAAAUUGAGGCAUGAGGGUGAGCUGGGUCCGUUCUUUUCUUAAAGAGUUCCAAGGCAAGUUGAGAAUCUGUUUCAAGCACCAGAAAUUUUGCUCCUUUUCUCCUAGCUAGCUGAAGGCCCUGCAUAAUGCCCCAAAGUUCAGCCAUAAUGGCUGUACCAUACCCAAUUUUGGGGGUCGGAUACUAUGCCUACCCCCAAAGGGGUUGGCUUUUUGACACCCCUUUAUGAUUGGCCAAUUUUAUAUUUAAUCAUUGACAAGUAUUAAUUAAACUUGUUUUUUAUUUUUUUCAAUCUUGUAAUUUUGGUUCUCUCACCCACAUUGGAAAGGGAAAGAACUUGGGGCAACGAGAAAAAAACACCCCCCCAAAUGUGCAAUUAAUUUCCAUUUUUGUCUUUCUUUCGUCUCCUUCUCUCUCCAUUUGGACCCCCUUUCCAUUUUGAUUUCAUUUUCACCAGAAGCCUCCUGUACUCUGAAAUGACCAAAACCUUCCCCCAUUUUCAUCUUUCUCUUCCUCCCGCCGCCGCCACCACCCCUCUCCGCCCUCUUCAUCCAUGCCUUCCACUUGUGCCGCCUCCAUCCCUACAACCGCCGUACUCCUCCAGCGUCUUCCCCCAUCACCAUCCUCCUAUCUCCAGCCGCCGCCGUCCUGGGAUCGCCUCUGACCUAUCGAGUGGGUUGCUCGCCAUCAGAGGACAAGACGUAAGGUUAUCACCGGAGAUCAAACAUAUGAAGGCCACACCGAGAGGGAAGACGGAUCCAACAUUCCGCGCGACGAUUCUGGACAUGCCAACAACGGCGACUCUUGUGCGGCAUCAAAUGAUCGGGGUGAAGACGAGAUCGGACUCUCAUCCCGAACGCAGGAGGGACUGAUGGCCACCGAAAAUAAACCCGCCAGAGAUGAAGAAGAACAUGGAAGGCGGCGGGAGGUUGUUACAUACCGCUCCUUGUAUUGAAGUUCAACUCUACAAUGUCUAGGAGACGUCGGCACUACCGGGAACAUGUACCACUGAUAUGGUAAAUGUACCACUAAUAUGGUACAUGUACCACUGACCUGAUACUAGUACGAGUGCAACUAUUCAAGCCAUACUUUCAACACCAAAAUGUUACAACCCACUUGUAGUGUUAGAUAUAUUGAACUUGUACCAUUAGCAAAAUUGAAACUCAUCCUAAAUGUUGUCAUUGCAGUGUUCGAUAGACUUUGGAGUGGUACCAUUAAAAUGGUACAUGUAUC